AUGGACGUGGACGUGGACGUGGACAUGGACGUGGUCAUGGACGUGGACGUGGACGUGGACGUGGACAUGGACGUGGACGUGGACGUGGACGUGGACGUGGACGUGGACGUGGACAUGGACGUGGACGUGGACAUGGACGUGCACAUCGACGUAUACGUGGACGUGGACGUGGACUUGGACGUGGACAUGGACGUGGACUUGGACGUGGACGUGGACGUGGACGUGGACCUGGACGUGGACGUGGACGUGGACGUGGACUUGGACGUGGACUUGGACGUGGACUUGGACGUGGACGUGGACGUGGACGUAGACGUGGACGUGAACGUGGACGUGGACGUGGACGUGGAGAUGGACGUGGACGUGGACGUGGACGUGGACGUGGACAUGGACGUGGACGUGGACGUGGACGUGGACGUGGACGUGGACGAGGACCUGGACGUGGACGUGGACAUGGACGUGGAGGUGGACAUGGACAUGGACGUGGACGUCGAGGUGGACAUGGACGUGGACGUGGAGGUGGACAUGGACGUGGACGUGGACGUGGACAUGGACGUGGACGUGGACGUGGACGUGGACAUGGACGUGGACAUGGACGUGGACGUGGAUGUGGACGUGGACAUGGACGUUGACGUGGACGUAAACGUGGACAUGGACGUGGACGUGGACAUGGACGUGGACAUGGACGUGGACAUGGACAUGGACGUGGACGUGGACAUGGACGUGGACGUGGACGUGGACAUGGACAUGGACGUGGACGUGGACGUGGACAUAGACGUGGACAUGGACGUGGACGUGGACAUGGACGUGGACAUGGACGUGGACGUGGACGUGGACGUGGACAUGGACGUGGACAUGGACGUGGACGUGGAUGUGGACGGGGACAUGGACGUGGACGUGGACGUAAACGUGGACAUGGACGUGGACGUGGACAUGGACGUGGACAUGGACGUGGACAUGGACAUGGACGUGGACGUGGACGUGGACAUGGACGUGGACGUGGACGUGGACAUGGACAUGGACGUGGACGUGGACGUGGACAUAGACGUGGACGUGGACGUGGACAUGGACGUGGACGUGGACGUGGACGUGGACGUGCACGUGGACGUGGACGUGGACCUGGAAGUGGACGUGGACGUGGACGUGGACAUGGACGUGGACAUAGACGUGGACGUGGACGUGGACGUGGACAUGGACGUGGACGUGGACGUGGACUUGGACGUGGACGUGGACGUGGACGUGGACAUGGACGUGGACGUGGACGUGGACGUGGACCUGGACGUGGACAUGGACGUGGACGUGGACGUGGACGUGGACUUGGACGUGGACUUGGACGUGGACAUGGACGUGGACGUGGACGUGGACGUGGACGUGGACGUGGACCUGGACGUGGACGUGGACGUGGACAUGGACGUGGACGUGGACGUGGACGUGGACGUGGACAUGGACGUGGACGUGGACGUGGAGGUGGACGUGGACGUGGACAUGGACGUGGACAUGGACGUGGACGUGGACGUGGACGUGGACGUGGACGUGGACAUGGACGUGGACGUGGACUUGGACGUGGACGUGGACGUGGACAUGGACGUGGACGUGGACGUGGACGUGGACAUGGACGUGGACAUAGACGUGGAGGUGGACGUGGAUGUGGACAUGGACGUGGACGUGGAUGUGGACGUGGACAUGGACGUGGACCUGGACGUGGACGUGGACGUGGACGUGGACGUGGACAUGGACGUGGACAUGGCCAUGGACGUAGAUGUGGACGUGGAGGUGGAGGUGGAGGUGGACGUGGACGUGGACAUGGACGUGGACGUGGACGUGGACGUGGACGUGGACAUGGACGUGGACGUGGACGUGGACGUGGACGUGGAGGUGGAGGUGGACGUGGACGUGGACAUGGACGUGGACGUGGAGGUGGACAUGGAUGUGGACAUGGACGUGGACAUGGACGUGGACGUGGACGUGGAUGUGGACGUGGACGUGGACGUGGACAUGGACAUGGACGUGUACGUGGACAUGGACGUGGACAUGGAUGUGGAUGUGGACGUGGACAUGGACGUGGACGUGGACAUGGACGUGGACAUGGACGUGGAUGUGGAUGUGGACAUGGAUGUGGACGUGGACAUGGACAUGGACGUGGACGUGGACAUGGACGUGGACAUGGAUGUGGACAUGGACGUGGACAUGGACGUGGACGUGGAGGUGGACAUGGACGUGGACAUGGACGUGGACAUGGACGUGGACGUGGACGUGGAUGUGGACGUGGACGUGGACGUGGACAUGGACGUGUACGUGGACGUGGACAUGGACGUGUACGUGGACGUGGACAUGGACAUGGACGUGGAGUGGACGUGGACGGACGUGGACUUGGACGUGGACUUGGACGUGGACGUGGACGUGGACGUGGACGUGGACAUGGACGUGGACGUGGACGUGGACGUGGACUUGGACGUAGACUUGGACGUGGACUUGGACGUGGACGUGGACGUGGACGUGGACGUGGACAUGAACGUGGACGUGGACGUGGACGUGGAGAUGGACGUGGACGUGGACGUGGACGUGGACAUGGACGUGGACGUGGACGUGAACGUGGACGAGGACCUGGACGUGGACGUGGACAUGGACGUGGAGGUGGACAUGGACAUGGACGUGGACGUGGAGGUGGAGAUGGACGUGGACGUGGAGGUGGACAUGGACGUGGACGUGGAGGUGGACAUGGACGUGGACGUGGACAUGGACGUGGACGUGGACGUGGACGUGGACAUGGACGUGGUCAUGGACGUGGACGUGGACGUGGACAUGGACGUGGACAUGGACGUGGACGUGGACGUGGACGUGGACAUGGACGUGGACAUGGACGUGGACGUGGACGUGGACGUGGACGUGGACGUGGACGUGGACGUGGACGUGGACAUGGACGUGGACGAGGACGUGGACGUGCACGUGGACGUGGACGUGGACCUGGAAGUGGACGUGGACGUGGACAUGGACGUGGACAUGGACGUGGACGUGCACGUGGACAUGGACAUGGACAUGGACGUGGACAUGGACGUGGACGUGGACGUGGACGUGGACAUGGACGUGGACGUGGACGUGGACGUGCACGUGGACGUGGACGUGGACCUGGAAGUGGACGUGGACGUGGACGUAGACGUGGACGUGGACGUGGACGUGGACGUAGACGUGGACGUGGACUUGGACGUUGACGUGGACGUGGACGUGGACGUGGACGUGGACGUGGACGUGGACGUGGACGUGGACGUGGACGUGGACGUGGACGUGGACGUGGACGUGGAUAUGGACGUGGACGUGGACGUGGACGUGGACAUGGACGUGGACGUGGACGUGGACAUGGACGUGGACGUGGACGUGGACGUGGACAUGGACGUGGACGUGGACGUGGACGUGGACAUCGACGUGGACGUGGACGUGGACGUGGACGUGGACGUGGACAUGGACGUGGACGUGGACGUGGACGUGGACAUGGACUUGGACGUGGACGUGGACGUGGACGUGGACAUGGACGUGGACGUGCACGUGGACGUGGACCUGGACGUGGACGUGGACGUGGACGUGGACGUGGACAUGGACGUGGACGUGGACAUGGACGUGGACGUGGACGUGGACGUGGACAUGGACGUGGACAUGGACGUGGACAUGGACGUGGACAUGGUCAUGGACGUGGACGUGGACGUGGACGUGGACAUGGACGUGGACGUGGAUGUGGACGUGGACGUGGACAUGGACGUGGACGUGGACCAGGACGUGGACGUGGACAUGGACGUGGACGUUGACGUGAACGUGGACAUGGACGUGGACGUGGACAUGGACGUGGACGUGGACAUGGACGUGGACGUGGACGUGGACAUGGACGUGGACGUGGAGGUGGACAUGGACGUGGACGUGGACGUGGACGUGGACGUGAACGUGGACGUGGAGGUGGACGUGGAGGUGGACGUGGACGUGGACGUGGACGUGGAGGUGGACGUGGACGUGGACGUGGACGUGGAUGUGGACGUGGACGUGGACAUGGACGUGGACGUGGACGUGGACGUGGACAUGGACGUGGAGGUGGACGUGGACCUGGACGUGGACGUGGACGUGGACGUGGACGUGGACGUGGACAUGGACGUGGACGUGGACAUGGACGUGGACGUGGACGUGGACUUGGACGUGGACAUGGACGUGGACGUGGACAUGGACGUGGAGGUGGACGUGGACGUGGACGUGGACGUGGACGUGGACGUGGACAUGGACGUGGACGUGGACGUGGACGUGGACAUGGACGUGGAGGUGGACGUGGACAUGGACGUGGACGUGGACGUGGAGGUGGACGUGGACGUGGACGUCGACGUGGACCUGGACGUGGACGUGGACGUGGACGUUGACGUGGACGUGGACCUGGACGUGGACGUGGACGUGGACGUGGACGUGGACCUGGACGUGGACGUGGACGUGGACGUGACGUGGACGUGGACAUGGACGUGGACGUGA